AUGCCUACACCUGCUCUCCCUCAACCCGCACACCCAGAGCUCGAUUCAAUGCUGACGAGGAAGUUUGGCAGGGAAGUUGCCAAUUACUUUGCUGGCUCACCAUUGAACCGCUUUGGCUUCCUCCGUAGCGACAAUGUCUUUCUGUCUGGAGCUCUCAAGCACCCGUCUACAAAGUUCCUUCCUUGCAACAACCUGCAGCCAUUGACAAAGGACAAGGCCAACCUCGCCUACAUCCAAUACAAAGAUGUCCAGCCCAUCAUUGGCGAAGACCCCUAUGCCACUCCCGAGGACAAGAUGAUCGAGACAUUCAACUCCAAGAAGUUCAUUCCGCAGAUGAUCUUCCUCGGUCUGGACGAGUCGGUCAAGGACAACUCUUUCAGCUACGAAGCAAAGAAUACCGUCCACAAGGGUGCUCCUUACUUUGCCAUCGAUGUCACCCCUAAAGAUCCUCUGACACAGCAAUGCAAUGACCUAAUCAAGGCCUGCGAAGACAAAGGCCUUACUUUCCAACAAGGUCGUGCUAUGGACCUCGUAGCAGGCGACGCAGCAAUCUACGCCGAAGCCCGCCAACUGCUCGACUGGAACAUGCGCAACCCUUUCUGCGCUCAAUGCGGCCACCCUACCCUCUCCGUCAACGGCGGCUUCAAACGCACCUGCCCACCCACAGACGCAGCCUCCCUCUCCUCCACCGCAAUCUCCACCUCCAACACUGCCGCCUCCAAUAUCGACCGCCCGGCCUGCGCAACCCGCAAAGGCGUCUCCAAUCUAAGUUUCCCCCGCACCGACCCUACCAUCAUCGUCGCCGUCGUAAACCAUGCCGGCGACAAACUUCUCCUAGGACGCAGCAAACGCUUCCCAAAGUACUGGUACUCUACACUGGCAGGGUUUUGCGAACCCGCAGAGUCGAUUGAAGAAGCCACCCGCCGCGAAGUCUGGGAAGAGGCUGGUAUCCAUUUAGGCCGUGUGAUCAUUCAUUCCACGCAACCUUGGCCUUAUCCUGCCAAUCUGAUGAUCGGUGCUAUUGGGCAGAGUGUUCCCGAAGGCGAGACUAUUGAUCUCGGCAACGAUCCAGAGUUGGAGGAUGCCAAGUGGUUUACGUUUGAGGAGGUGAGGACGGCACUGAGAGUGGGGACUAGUGGGCUGGACGAGGGACCAAAGCCAGAGUACAAGGAAGGUGAUUUGAGGUUGCCGCCGCAGACUGCUAUUGCCAAUCAGCUUAUCAGUGCGGUGGUUGAGAAGGGCUUNUUGGCUGCCGAGUCAAAGAUGUAA